AUGAGGUCCUUCUACCUCUGUGCCUUCAUCUUGGGUGGCGUGCUGUCCGUCUUGACAGGGCUCGGCUCGACUGCCAUACAAAUUGACGUCUCGACAUCUGAAGCCAAAAAAACUGAGCACGAGUCUGCCAAGGGACUGCGGGGGGACCUGAUCAGCGGCAGUGAGCUACAAGAGAAUCGGCAGCUUUCUGUGAAAGGUUCGGUCGAUAGAGCCGUCAGCGUACUGAGGACAGGUCUCGUCAUAGCUGCUGACCAUGUCGGAGAAGUGCUUCGGUCAAGCAAGCCCAAGCAGCUCGCGCUGGAAGCUACAAGGAGCGAACUAUUCCACCCUACUCCGCUGAUACACACGGCUGUGCGACGUCGCCGUUUUUUUUCAAACGAUGCCAUCGAAAAGGCAUUCAUUGUACAUGCGGUCAAUUCGUUCUCACUUGGCUACAUGCGCCUUGCGCUUCGGGUUCUCGCCCAGACGCUGGAGCCAGAAGCGUACACUGCGAUCUACACCGAUCUCUUGCUGCACUAUUUCGAGAACGACCUGGCCAUCCUGAUCUUGCGGGCAAAGGGUACCUCGCCGCCGAACACUCAUAUCGACAUGGUGGAAGCAGCGCAGUUUGGUGCGUGGUUCGAGCGCAAUUUGAAACCUAUUCACGUUGAACACGGGUUGGACAACCUCCCUGGAAUGGUACCCGUUCGCGAACACGAGGCAGAACGUAUUGCGGACAGUUACAAGCAGUACAUUCGUCGCGUGCACGCCGAGUCGUUAUCGUAG